AUUAUCAUAUACUAACCUUAAUCCUAACACUUAUUCUAAACCUAACCCUAACUAACCUUAGAAAGCCUUUACUUUUUUAGUAGUUUGAGGAUAGUAUGAAUGUAUGUAGAGAAUGUACAGAUGAUAAUCUUUAAUGUCCAAAUGAAGUGUAACCACUGACAAUUACUAAACCUAAUUACUAAAAUGUGUAACCACUGACAAUUACUAACCCUAAUUACUAAAAUGUUACACAAUUUGUGGGAGUGGAUUAUUUAAAAGACACUUCAGAAAAUAUCUUUGUUUCUCUCUAAUGAUGAUGACUGAUCCACAGCUGUUCCACCGGAGCCGCCUCAUUGAUCACGUGGUACACAAUGGAACGCGUACUUUAUUCUAGGAGGUGAACCCUGGAUUGGGAUUGAGGGUCUCUUGAGCCAAUUAAGGAUCCGCACCCGAAAUCUCCGCCAAUGAUUGAGAAGGAGGCGAGGUUUUGGAGUCGGAUUGCAUUGGGAAAAGCUUGAAAAUUUCAGCAGUCGAAAAAGGGAAAAUUCACUUACACGGGCGAUAGUUCAUAUUCAGUUUUUGACUGAUGUUUGCAUUUAUCUUUAAGUGGAACUAGGAGCAAGAACGGUAUAUAUAUAUAUAUAUAUAUAUGUAUUAGGAUUCGAAAGAUGGGCUAUGUGUGGUUAUAGAGGACAUUCACCCCCACUGCCAGGCUGCUGAGUGAACCUUUAUGCCCAGAGGGACAGCCCCCAGUAUGGACACUGUGGAAGAUUUCCCUCCCCCGCCUCCUGAAAUGCUGGCGGACGAGGUGCCCUAUGCGGACGAAGAAGAGGGGGAGCAGUUUGAGUUCGACGACAGCGGGGAUGAGACCCCCGAGGCGACCCAGCCGGCCCCCGCCCCCCCAGCCCCUGACUAUGGGGUUCAGGCCCAGGUCAACGGUGUGUCGCCUCACCUAGAGGGGAAGGCCUCAAACUCGGACCCCCCGGCGGCAGCGACGCAGGGCGCGGCUGCGGUUCCGGCAGACACAACGGACACCGCCGCCCUGGCUUCAGACCGAGACUUGCCCCCUCCUCCACCUCCCCAGAACUCUGCUCCAGCCGGACCGGGUGUUGUCACUGCAGAUCAGGACGUUUCUGGGGAUUCGCCGCCCCCGGCCGGCCCCAGGACCACCUCCCAGAAGAAAGUCAACCCUUACUCUGUGAUUGACAUCUCCCCCCUCCAGACAGACCAGCAGCCCGGGACCGCCCCUUUCUCAUCCUCACCUGUUGAGAGGGCGGUGGGAGAGGGAGAGGAGGAGGCGGAGUCAGGGGGUCAGGACGUCCCUUCUUCCAGCCCUCCCUGCGUGCCCCCGGGCUACUCUGUGCCGGUGCCCUGUGGGUACGCCACCCCAUCGGGUGUGCCCCUGAUCACGCCAGCCUACACCACGCCCGUCAUCAUCAGACACUUCUCUGUGGACGAGGAUGUUACUGUGGUGGGGACAGGCAGCAUGUCUGCCGACAGUGUCUUCACUGAGGAGUAUCCUUCCAUCAGAGAAGAGGACGCUUUGUCCAAAUGGGUGUCAGACCCUGCAAACACUGCAUGGAUGGAAAAUCCUGAUGAGGUGAUUUAUGAUGAUGUGCCCAGAGAGAAUUCUGACUCCACCACAGAGCCAGAUGAAAUGAUCUAUGAUGACGUGGAGUUUGGGGAGGAGGGCUGUGGCAGCUCCCUGGACAACGGUUGGAGCUCCAGCGAGUUUGAGAGUUAUGACGAGCAGAGCGACGGGGAAGGGCGCGGGGAGAAUGGCCUGCCGGAUGCCUUCAUGAGAGGGAAGCCCCCCCAGAGAAAGACCCAUCUUUCUCAAGAUCUGACACGCUUGAAAGAACACUAUGAGAAAAAGAUGAAAGAUCUCAUGGCAAAUACAGUGGGGACGGUAGAGCUGCAGCAGAUUAAACAGAAACACGAGCAGAAGAUGCAAAAGCUGGUGAAGGCAGCGAGAGAUGGGACCAAAGAUGGCCUGGAGAAGACCAAAGCGGUGGUGAAGAAGGGACGGUCGUUCAUCAAGACCAAAUCCUUCUGUAACGAGAGGAAAUCAACCUGUUUUGAGGAUGAAGAGUCGGAGCUCUUCAUUGAGGUGGAGUGCCUUAACAUGGAGCCAGUUCUCAGUCCAAUCCCUGAAGGGCUCUCACAGCAGCAGGUGUUGAGAAGGUGUAUUCUGGGCUCCAUAUUAGAGAGUGAGAAGAACUAUCUAGAUGCACUGAAGCGGAUUUUAGAGCACUAUGAAAAACCACUGUCGGAGAUUGAGCCCAGGUUGCUAAGUGAUAGGAAGCUGAAGAUGACGUUCUAUCGUAUCCGGGAGAUUCUCCAGUGUCACGCCCUGUUCCAAAUCGCCCUGGCAAGCCGUGUGGCUGAGUGGGACAGUCUGGAGAUGAUCGGGGACGUGUUUGUCGCUUCGUUCUCCAAGUCCAUGGUGAUGGAUGCCUACUGUGAGUAUGUUAACAACUUCAGCACGGCCAUGGCAGUGGUCAGGAAGACGUGUGCCUCCAAACCAAGCUUCCUUGACUUCCUCAAGCAUCGUCAGGAAACUAGCAGUGACCGGGUCACUCUCUAUGGGCUCAUGAUGAAGCCCAUCCAGAGAUUCCCUCAGUUUAUUCUUCUGCUACAGGACAUGCUGAAGAACACCCCAGCAGGACACAGCGACCGGCUGCCCCUUCAGAUGGCCCUGACGGAGCUGGAGACUCUGGCCGACAAGCUCAAUGAGAAGAAGCGAGAGGCUGACCAGCGCUGUGAGAUCCGACACAUAGCCAAAGCCAUGAACGAGCGUUACCUGAACAAGCUUCUGAGUAACGGCAGCCGCUACCUGAUUCGCUCAGACGACAUGGUGGAGACGGUGUACAACGAACGAGGGGAGGUCAUUAAGACCAAGGAGCGACGCCUUUUCCUUCUCAACGAUGUGCUUAUGUGUGCCACGCCUAACGUCCGGUGCAGUGUUGAGGGAAGUGGUAACCCCCCAGUGGGCCACAAGUUCCUGCUGAAGUGGAGUGUCCCUCUGAGCUUUGUGAACGUGGUUGAGUUUGGCUCCAGCGAGGAGAUGGCUGACAACAGCCGCUUUAAUCCCCAGCCCCAUUCUGGAGAGAAGGUGGUCAUCAACGCCAAGCCAAAUAAGCUGUAUAUGGGGCCGGGUCAGCUGUACCAGGACCUCCAGAACCUCAUCCACGACCUCAGCCUGGUUAACCAGAUCUCCAGCAUGAUUGGCAGCCUCAAGGGAAACUACCAGAACGUCAAUCCCACGGUGGCCCAAGACUGGGUGUCGGGUCUGCAGCGUCUCAUCCUGAAGAAGGAGGAGGAGAUCCGGGCUGCAGACCGCUGUAGGAUCCAGCUGCAGCUGCCUGGCAAACAGGACAAGUCAAACAGGCCCACAUACUUCACUGCAGUCUUCAAUACGUUCUCUCCUGCCAUUAAACAGUCAUGGAUCAGUAACCUCCAAAUGGCUAAGCUGGCUCUGGAGGAGGACAACCUGCAGGGCUGGGCCUUUGCGGAGGAUGACGGUAACCAGAUCAAGAAGCAGAAACAUCCUCUCCUGCUGAGGCAGAUGCCCGUGGUCAUGUCCAAACUACAGGAGUUCAAGGUCGAGUGUGCGGUCCAUAACCCUGAGCCCCACAUCAACACUGAGAGCACGGCCGACAUGCCUGCUCUGGGACACGGCUGUGUGUGGGUGGCCAGCUGCACCAACCAGAUGGGUCAGGUAGCCAUUGUGGCCUUGCAGAACUCCAGCCCCAAAGUGACCGAGUGCUUCAACGUGGAGUCAAGGAUCCUGUGUAUGGCUCAUGUACCCAUAGACCAGAGGACCCUGGAGAAUGAGGAGAGGGACCCUGAAAGCAGUAUUUCCUUGGUGGGCAAGGCCAGUGACACCCCGACGGUUUGCCUGGGCAUGGAGGAGGGCAGCAUAAUAGUCUAUAAGAGCAGCCAGCGGUCGAAGAAGGUCCGUCUCCAACACUUCUUCACCCCAGACAAGUCCACCGUGACCAGCCUGGUGCACAAGAGGCAGUUUCUGUAUGCUGGUCUAGUCAGUGGCUCAGUGGCUAUCUUCUCCAGAGCACAAGAUGGUUUGUGGAGCCCAGACUCUCCUAAGGUUCUGAAGCUGGGGGUUUUGCCUGUGAAGGCCAUGAUAGCUGUUGAAGACCACAUCUGGGCUUCCUCUGGAGGACAAGUCUUCAUCAUCAGUACUGCGACCCACACUGUGGAGAGGCAGUUGGAGGCCCACCAGGAGGAGGGCAUGGUGGUGUCCCACAUGGUGGUGGCUGGAGUGGGCAUCUGGAUAGCCUUCAGCUCCGGGUCCACCCUCAGACUGUUCCACACGGAGACCCUGGAGCACCUUCAGGACAUCAACACUGCGACGCCUGUACACAACACCCUAGCUGGGAACCAGAGGGUUUCUGUGAGCAGCCUGCUGGUGUGUCACGGUCUGCUGUUGGUGGGGACCAACCUGGGGGUGACAGUGGCCCUUUCUGUUCCCAGAUUACAAGGCAUCCCCAAAGUCACAGGACGGGGGAUGGUAUCCUUCCACGCCCACCACGGCCCCGUGAAGUUCCUCACCAUGGCAACCGCUGUGUGCAACCGGCCCUCUGGCACCAGCCCACCCAGCCAGCCUGGGGACACCCAGGACGGGGAAACAGCCCAGGCCUCACCACCUCCAACCACCGGCUCUAUGCCUACUUCUGCUCUGGCUCCUGGCCAGGGCCGGGGGGUGUGGUUGGGGGAGGCAGGCUGCACCUCCAUGGCCCUCCAGGAUUCGCUGUCAUCCUCCUGCGGUUCCCUGGCUCUGUCCCAGGGUUCUCUGGAGCAUGGGCCAGAGGACGGCGCAAUCUAUGACCUGGUCAAUGACCCAGCCCACCACCAAAGGGGCAGACGGGUCCAGAAGGUGGACAUCAGCUCUCUGCUGGUGGUGUCAGGGGGGCUGGGUCACCGCAGGGUCAACAAGAAGACCAAACAGUCCCGCCACGAGGAGACCAUGUCCACCAUUAUGGUCUGGCAAAUCCCUCUGCUCAAUAUGUGAGAGACCAUCGACCAGCUACCAUUGAAGCAAGAAUGCUGCAGUACUACUUGAAGUUAGUAACAACACUCAACAACUCCAAAGGAUGUCUAUUUCCAUGGUUGUCUGGACUUGGGAUCAAUCAAGCUGUCCUAUACUGAGAAAUAUUCCAGAUAAGACACCGUUGAAAGGUUUUAAACAUUUUGUAGUACGUCACCCAGCUAAAACCUUCUGUUCAAGUCGGGCAUUCCCACUGGGUGCAAAGCGAUGAAUACAAUAUAACCACUUAAUCAUGGCGCCAGACUUUGCUUACAUCAUCCAACACCUGGUCUGUUAACCUGUUGCUGCAUGAUGAAUUAAUUGAAGAGAACAUGGAUAUGUAGAGAAACCACUUGAAAAGAUCCUCUCCUUAUGAUGCCCAUUCAAAGAUGACUGAUGAAAUGUUACCAGACUUCACGUUUAACUGGCUACUAUGUUCAGUGUUAAUAAGCCUUUGUGCCAGAUUGUCAGUGUUGAUGCCACAAUAAUUGUAUCCAGGUAGAUGGCGGUGCAGUGUAAACAGGAGCACAGUGAACAUCCAAAAUUCAAAUUUUGCCAUGUGUCCCGAGGCCAAUUCAGGCAAAGUUACUUUUCAUCUUUGUGGUUUUGAACAACGUCUACUCUGACUCUUCCACAGCCACAGUUUUUCCAUAUAAAGGAAUAUAAAAGCCCUCUAAUUAUAAUUUGACCAGUCUGUCUUGAACUGCAUUGUUUGUUAUUGUUUAUUUGUUUGGAAUUGGGAGAGAUCCUUUGUUUGCAAUGGUCCCCUGUAUUGGUACACUGAAGCAAGUGUCAUUAUCGUUGUUAGCAGGGGGCUGUGGAGGGAGAGAAGCUGCUGAUUGGCUGAGUGUGUUUCUGAAAGGUAUGAAGGGAUUUCCUGGCUGGCCAGGUUUUCUUUUGAUCCUAAAUAAGGGAGAGUUGCUAACUGUUACCAAAUGAAAGAAGAAAGGGUUCUAAAUGGCCUGAAUAAAUGUGUCACUAAAGGGUAUUUAAAAAGGAUGAAAAGCUUUAUUCUUUUGUCACAUUUUGUAUGUACUACUGUUGUGUAUAUUAACAAAUCUAUAAACAAUGUUUUAUUGAUCA